AUGAAGGCUGUGACCACAUUGAUAUUGCUUGCCAUCUCUGGUUUGAUAGCAGCAUUGACGUAUCAAGACGUGGGGCAAGUUUAUUGCGGGAGAAGGUUGGCGACAGCUUUGGCAGUUCUGUGCGACAGCGACUUGAUCAAGAGGUCGCAGACGCACCACAGAGCGGCGGCUGUGGAUGUGAGCUGGCCGUGGCUCGUGUCGCACAGAGCGCACAGUAUGGGUCGCGGUAAGAGGCAGGCCGCCUCCGAGUGUUGCGACAAGCCAUGCACAGAAGAUGAACUCUUAUCAUACUGU